AUGAGCGAGGACAUACUUCACAAGAGGCAAAGGAUCUUAGGCCACGCGAAUCUGGAACUGGACGAUAGUACCCUGGAGCAAUACACAUUGAUAGAAGUUGAAAAGCUGAUGCGCAUGCAAGAUCGCUCCUUAAACGAUUUUAAGGAUAUGCCGAAGAUCAAUCCUGUUUUGCUAAAGGAACUGGGGAACAGUUUGUGGAACCAAGAAAUGGAUUACGAUGUUGCGGAGGAAACACUAAGACAUGACAAGCAAUACAAAUUGCUCAAUGUUGAGCAACUUGCAAUCUAUGAAUCAGUCUUAGACUCGGUUGACAAGAAAGAAGGAAAACUUUUCUUUGUAUAUGGCGCAGGGGGCACAGGAAAAACAUUCCUAUACCAGACUAUUAUAUCCAGACUUCGGUCAAGAAAACAAAUUGUUCUACCGGUUGCUUCUUCGGGAAUAGCCGCAUUGCUACUACCAAACGGGAGAACAGCUCACUCUCGCUUCAAUAUUCCAUUGAAGCUCGACGAAGAUAAGCUUUGCAACAUCAAACCAGGUACAAUGCUUGCUGAGUUAAUUGAGGAAACAGACCUCAUAAUUUGGGAUGAGGCACCGAUGACACACAAACAUGCUUUCGAAGCAUUAGACAAGUCGUUGAAGGAUAUUCUGUCUAUCAAAAAUCCACCCGCAAAGAAUCAGCCUUUUGGUGGCAAAACAGUUAUGUUAGGUGGUGAUUUCAGACAGAUCCUACCAGUCAUUCCGCAAGGUAGAAGAGCUGAUACUGUACUAGCUUCGAUAAGCCAUUCAUAUCUAUGGAAUAGCUGCCACAAGUUCUCUUUGAAAACAAAUAUGCGAGUCAAUCAGGAUGAGAAAGAGUUUUCUGAAUGGCUUCUCAGAGUCGGGGAAGGUCGUCUAGGAGAAGAACAAGAAUAUGAGGGGGAUGGGUACCAUGACCAACUCAUAGAUAUCGAUGACUCAUUGAUUUGUCAGAGUUUUGUUGACCCAUUGAAAGAAGUUGUUGAUGCUGCAUAUGGACAAAUCAGCAGCCCUAUGAAAUCCAAGACUUCCUACACCGAUAAAGCUAUCCUCACACCCCGUAACGAAACCGUUGAUGAAAUCAAUACUUAUACCAUCUCACAAACCGACGGGGUAUCAAGAGAUUACUACAGCUCAGACAGCUUUGAGUUAUCAGAUACUACAUCAGAUCAAAAUGAUACACUAUACUCCAUUGAGUAUCUUAACUCAUUGGAAUUCUCGGGUUUGCCUUCGCACAAACUUACUCUGAAAGUUGGUGCCCCAGUUAUGCUUCUCAGAAACAUUAAUCAGAAAAAAGGAUUAUGCAACGGUACUCGGAUGAUCCUAACCCACGUUGGUGAACGCGUUCUGAAGGCCGAGAUCAUCACUGGAUCCCACAUUGGAGAUGAGGUCUUGAUCCCAAUAAUUGUGCUUUUGUAUGAUGAAACGAAAUUACCGUUCACAUUACGUCGGCGGCAAUUUCCUAUCAGAUUGUGCUACGCAAUGACAAUCAACAAAAGCCAAGGCCAAAGCUUAAAAGAGGUCAUCUUAUACCUGCCUAAGCCAGUCUUUUCUCAUGGUCAACUUUACGUGGCCCUCUCCCGUGUCACAAGCAAAGCAGGAUUAACGAUCAUCAAAACUGAAGAUCCACACCAGCUGAAAGUGAAGAACAUAGUUUACAAAGAAAUAUUCAAAGGCCUUCAUCCCGAGACAGGUAAUUUAAAUAAUUUAUUUUUUACUCCCAUCUUUUUCAGAAAUCUGAUAACAUAUUAUAUUCACAGAUUAACAACCUCGAAAAUAUCGACCAAGCGAUGA